AUGAAGGAUCCCUGGAGCCACUUUCUUACUGUUCAUCUUUCUGACUUGAGCGUCGGAGGAUCGCCGCCGGGAACCCUUUCCCGGGCCGACUUUUUUGCAGUUGUCAUUGACAAGUUGAUAAACACCAACAAGGAGAUUGAAGCUAUUUAUUUUGUUCAUUAUUCUGGUUUAAGCAAUCGUUUCCCCUCUGAAUCCCUUCUGAAAGAGUACCACCAAGCCUCUAGGAGAAAAUCCAGUUCCAUAUCAGAGGAUGGAAACAACUCACCUGCUGCUUUGCAAGAAUCAAACAAUCUUGAGAUGACUGCCCUAAGAUCAAUAAUCAAGUGUGUGGAGAGUUGCAACCUUGAGUCGAAGUUCAGCACCAGUGAGUUGAAAAGGAGGCUUGCAAAAUUGGAGAAAGUCAAGGCAGAUAGGAAGAAGCCUGCAGUUUUAAAGAAAUUUUGGAGCAAGAGAUCUGCGCCAAGAGAUCUGUCCCAGCCAGAUUCCACCUACUGCGGCUCAAUGUAUUUCUGA